AUGCCACUCUAUGCCAAGUUCCUGAAGGAGCUGAUGACUAAGAAGAGAAGCUGGAAGAACAAUGAGACUGUGAUACUAACUGAAGAAUGUAGUGCCAUCAUCCAGCACAAACUACCCCAGAAGUUGAAGGAUCCUGGGAGCUUUCAGAUCCCUUGUAUUAUAGGGGAAAUCACAAUAGAGAAGGCCCUUUGUGACUUAGGAGCCAGCAUCAAUUUGAUGUCAGUAGCAAUAAUGAGGAAGAUGAAGAUCGAGGAGGCUAAACCAACAAAAAUGGCCUUACAACUGGCAGAUCGAUCGUUCAAAUUCCCUCAUGGCAUAGUAGAGGAUUUGUUGGUGAAAGUAGGAGACUUCAUAUUCCCGGCAGAUUUUGUAGUGUUGGACAUGUAG